UUAAGAAAAGUUGCAUUUGAAAUAAUUCACAAUGUUGAAAGUUUUCACAAUUUUGGUUCUUUAUACUGCUUAUUCACAAGCAGUACCUCAAUACUAUCCAAGUUAUUCACCAGUUAAUACUCCGUGUCCAUGUGCCAGUCCAAAUCUUGCAGCACCUAAUCCCGCAAAUCAAGCUCAAAAUGCUCAAGGUCAACCAAGAUUUGACUUUUUAGAGGACUUAUUCGAUGUAAGCAUUGAGCAUCAUCAUCACCAUCGACCACAUUACAGACCAUAUGGAGGAUAUUCAGGAGAAUAUUAUGAUGACUAUCGUCCAUAUCGUGGUGGCUAUAGAGGAGAUUAUAGAGGUGGAUAUCGAGGUGGUUAUAGACGAGAUGGUGAAAAUGCUAAAGAAUCCCAUCAAGCUGGACACAACCCUGCAGUAAGUGGUCAGCAUAGUUAUCCAAGUGGAUAUCAGCAAAGUUAUCAAGUAACAGAUCCAACUGUGUAUGGAAAUGGUGCAGCGUAUGCCAAAUAA